GGAGGAGUAAGAGAGGGGAAAAGAAAGAGGAAAAGAGUGCGAGGGAGUGAGGGAGGGAGGAAAAUAAACAACAAAAAAAUGUCCUCUUCCUCCCCCACCGGGCAGAUUGCAAGUGCGGCGGACAUCAAGCAGGAGAAUGGGAUGGAAAGCGCCUCGGAAGGGCAGGAGGCGCCCCGAGAAGUGGCGGGGGGCGCAGCGGCGGGGCUGAGCCCCCCGGCUCCAGCCCCUUUCCCCCUGGAGCCGGGGGACGCCGCGGCCACCGCCGCCAGGGUGAGCGGAGAGGAAGGGGCAGUGGCUGCGGCGGCGACGGCGACGGCCGGAGCGGCGGCGGAUCAGGUACAACUCCACUCGGAACUUCUGGGCAGGCACCACCACGCCGCGGCCGCCGCCGCCGCCGCCGCCGCCGCCGCCGCCGCGCAGACCCCACUGGCCUUCUCGCCCGACCAUGUCGCCUGCGUGUGCGAGGCGCUGCAGCAGGGGGGCAACCUGGACCGCCUGGCCCGGUUCCUAUGGUCCCUGCCCCAGAGCGACCUGCUACGUGGCAACGAGAGCCUGCUGAAGGCGCGGGCGCUGGUGGCCUUCCACCAGGGCAUCUACCCUGAGCUCUACAGCAUCCUCGAGAGCCACAGCUUCGAGUCGGCCAACCACCCGCUGCUGCAGCAGCUCUGGUACAAGGCGCGCUACACCGAGGCCGAGCGAGCCCGCGGCCGGCCGCUGGGCGCCGUGGACAAGUACCGGCUGCGCAGGAAAUUCCCCCUGCCCCGCACCAUCUGGGACGGCGAGGAGACGGUGUAUUGUUUCAAGGAGAAGUCGCGCAACGCGCUCAAGGAGCUCUACAAGCAGAAUCGCUACCCUUCGCCGGCCGAGAAGCGGCACCUGGCCAAGAUCACCGGCCUCUCCCUCACCCAGGUCAGCAACUGGUUCAAGAACCGCCGGCAGCGCGAUCGGAACCCCUCUGAGACCCAGUCCAAAAGUGAGUCGGAUGGCAAUCCUAGCACUGAAGAUGAAUCCAGCAAGGGUCAUGAAGAUUUGUCUCCUCAUCCACUCUCCAGUUCAUCCGAUGGUGUCACCAACCUCAGCCUUUCCAGUCACAUGGAGCCAGUAUAUAUGCAACAAAUUGGAAAUGCUAAAAUAUCGUUAAGCUCUUCUGGAGUUUUGUUGAAUGGAAGUUUGGUACCUGCCAGUACUUCACCUGUCUUCCUUAAUGGUAAUUCUUUCAUUCAGGGACCCAAUGGAGUUAUCCUUAAUGGAUUAAGUGUGGGAAAUACACAGACAGUGUCAUUGAACCCACCAAAAAUGGCAUCAAACAUUGUGAGCAAUGGUAUAUCCAUGACUGACAUACUGGGGUCUACCUCCCAGGAUGUGAAGGAAUUCAGAGUUCUCCAGAGUUCUUCAGCUAACUCAGCAGCCACCACCUCCUACAGCCCCAGUGCUCCUGUGUCAUUCCCAGGGCUGAUACCCAGCACUGAGGUGAAAAGAGAAGGUAUUCAAACAGUGGCUUCCCAGGAUGGAGGUUCUGUAGUGACUUUUACCACACCAGUGCAAAUUAACCAGUAUGGCAUCGUCCAGAUCCCCAAUUCCGGAGCGAGCAGUCAGUUCCUUAAUGGGAGCAUUGGAUUCUCUCCACUGCAGCUGCCUCCUGUUUCAGUGGCAGCUUCACAAGGUAAUAUUUCAGUAAAUUCAAGCACUUCAGAUGGGAGCACAUUUACAAGUGAGUCCGCCACAGUCCAACAAGGAAAGGUUUUCUUGAGCUCUCUUGCUCCCAGUGCAGUGGUAUACACUGUUCCUAAUUCAGGCCAGACUAUAGGAUCUGUUAAACAGGAGGGCGUGGAGAGGAGCCUGGUGUUUUCUCAGUUGAUGCCUGUCAAUCAGAAUGCACAAGUAAAUGCAAACCUGUCUUCUGAAAGUAUCUCGGGAAGUGGCCUCCACCCACUGUCCUCCUCCUUAGUUAAUGUAUCCCCAACUCACAAUUUUUCCCUGACUCCCCCUACCCUACUAAACCCCACUGAGCUAAACCCUGACAUUGUUGAUAGCCAGCCAAUGUCUGCACCUGUGGCAAGCAAAUCUACUGUGACAUCUGUCAGCAACACUAACUAUGCAACUCUUCAGAACUGCUCCCUUAUUACUGGUCAAGAUCUAUUAUCAGUACCCAUGACCCAGGCUGCCCUUGGGGAAAUAGUUCCCACAGCUGAAGCCCAGGUGAGUCACCCCUCCCCUACAGUACACCAGGAUUUUGUCAGAGAACAUCAUUUGGUUAUGCAAUCAGUAGCUAACAUAAAAGAGAAUUUCUUAACAAAUUCUGAGAGCAAAGCAACAAGCAACUUAAUGAUGCUGGACUCCAAAUCCAAGUAUGUCUUAGAGGGCAUGGUUGAGACUGUCUGUGAAGACCUGGAAACAGACAAAAAAGAGCUUGCCAAGCUCCAGACUGUCCAAUUGGAUGAAGAGAUGCAAGACUUGUAAACUUAAUUUCUUUUUUUUUUUUCCUGGCAUCAGCAGGCAAAUCUUUUCAUGAAGACCUGAGGACAUAAAGGAUUUUCCCAUUUGAAGGGAAACAUUAGUUUUGCAAGUAAAUGCAUUCAAAAGACUUUAGAUUGAUCUGCAUGAAGAUCACAGUUAAAUAUGCAGGAGUAGAACUGCAUUACUGCAGCCUUUUUGUUCACAUGUGUUCUCUUUUAAAUAGAUGGAGACAGAGGAACAAGAUGAAAUAUAUCAAGAAGUCAAAGUGUAUCAUUUGGUUGACUUAACAUAAUUCUAAGAUCAAAUGGAACUUGAUAAAUAGUUUUCUAAAUUAAAAAUGUAUACACUUAAGGUAGAAAAUUAAAUAUCACUACAGAGCGUUAGAAACAAUACAAUUCUUUUUGUUUACUUUUACUCCACGGGCAUUGGUAAGGUUAAGAAGCAUAAAAGGUACUCUACACUAUUCUAAGGGUAUAUUUUUGCAUAUAUGCAUUUCUGUUUUUCAGCAUUUUUGUGAAAGUCUUGGCUUGUCUCUAUACAUUUCCAAAUGUGAUUGCUAAUAGUUCACUGUGGCUGAGAAAGUUUGCAACUCCACUAAAAACUCUGAAACAAACUUCAGUAUGAGUGUAAAUAUAUUAGUCCUAUAAGCAAGAAUUUGGGUAAUUACAGUGAAUUUUAUUUAUGCUGUAUAUGUUUCUCUUAUACUUCAGACACUAUGAACUGAAAAGAAAAAUGUUUUCGUACUGUUUAAUUUAUUUUUAUUGUUUGAACAGGAAGCGAACAGUUAUUUCCAACAAAGUUUUACUUUUUGUAGGAUUUUAAAAGUAAUGAUUUUUAUCAGGAGUCUAUUAAGGUCAAUAUUAAUAACACUGAAACAAGAAAUCUAACUCCCAAUAUUGGAAUUUUGGUACUUUUUUUCACAUCCUUGUUCUUUAUUUAGCAACUCUCUGAUUCAUUUAAAUAUAUUUUCUACAGAAUUCUAUGUGCCUUUUUACCUUGUGGCCUUUUUAUUACUCUUACUAAGGUACAGAAGUGUCAAUGGAAGCACUGAUGACUCCUUUCUACUAUCCAACAGGGUUAAUUUCACAGAAUUGCUCUAAAUCUGAAGAACUUAAGUUUCACUUAUAUUAUUAGAGUUAAUGUUUAUGAUGCAAGUGGUUGAACAAUUAAUUAUUGUUGAUACUUUUCAUUACAGAGAAGUAACAGUUAUAGACUACCAUGUAAAACCAAUUCUGGAGGCUAUGAAAACAACCAUUUUAAAGGAAAGAAAGAAUAUGUAACUUCUAUUGAGAUGAAUUAUGUCCUGUUGAAACUUAGUUCUAAAUGUUUUAACUCAAUUGUUACAUUAUGACAUAUGACUGUUGUUUGCACUAUAUUAUCACCUCUUCUUUAAAAGUAAAUCUUUCGGGGUUUCUGUAAGAAGCUUGUUUGAUAAUGUUGUGAGCUGUGGUUACAGUUUUUAUCAGGACUCUGAACAGAAGAUGUAAUAAUACAAAUACAUUUAUGUAGUGAGUAAAGUCUCUGGUCUCUGAAAAGCAAGAAAAGUGAGAAAAUGAUCUCUUCAGAGAUGACAGAAAGUUGUUGAACAUGAAGAUGUCACCACAUCUUGCUUUCUUUAAGAUCGGAACAAAGGGUCCAUUGUAAGUGUCUACAUGCCCAUCAGCCCAGCAUGUUGAAUAAGGGCCAUAGAGGAUUUAACUUUUGUUCUUACUGCAAAUGGAACUUGCAGGCAUAGGUGAAGAGCCCUUUGAAGAAUUCCUCCCCCAUCAUUUUUUUUCUCCCCCAUCAUUUUGAUAAAGAACUUAGAUCCCAUUUUUUUAUGGAAUUAGCGAAAGUUCCUAAACUGCUGAAAUUACGUGUUUUUUUGUUUCGUUUUGUUUUACAACACCAGGUUUUUUAGAGUUCUCUUCCACUCCACCACUACUUAUACAGCUUGUUUGUUUCUUUGGGUGUGUGCUGAUCAUGUUACUGAGAUUAAUUACAUGGGUCUAUAGUGCAGUUUACAUGAAAAUGAUGUUUUCCACUUGAUUGCUGCAAAUAUCAAGAGUUUGUUAAUUAUUUUAAAAUACCCAUCCAAUAAGAAAGAUGGGAAGGUUUAAAAAGUUAUAUAUGUUAUAUAUACAUAUAUAUAACAGGAAAAGUUUUGUGUCUUCCAAAAAUACAAGCCUCUCUUUUAUUCACAGUUCUUCCUCUUUUCUUCCUUAAGAAAGAGAAAAGAUAGCACAAAACUUAAGACUUACUUAGGAAACCUAUUCAUACUCCAACAUGAUGUAAUUAUACCCCUACAAUUACUCCAGGUAGCUAUACAAUAUAUACCAGGUAAGAAUCAAUGCACAUUAUAAAGAACUUGUUCUUUUCUGUUCUUUCAGUAAAAUAAGGGCCAGUUGAUAUGUAGCCCAUAUAUAUGGGAAUGAAAUAAGAUAAACCCCAUGAUCUCCUUGCACAGAAUUGCAAAUGUUUUUUUGCAGUACCAAGGGCCAGACUCAGAACCCUUGUCAGAAUUUCCCUCUUACGUAAACCAAUGCUUGAAGAUGCUGCAAAUGACCCUCUAAUGAUCCCAAAAGAGGAAUCAGAAUAGGGAUAAAUAACUCCCUGCAAACCCCAACCCCUGCUGCUGGCUGUGUGAGCCUAUCUAUGCACUCUAUCAGUCAGAAUUGAUAUAUAGCUCUUAGUUACAUCCAGUAAAGGACAGCCUGUUGUUUAAAGAGAAGGUGCAUUUGUUCCUCAGUCAAGCAAAAGCACCUGUGUUGUACUGCUUUAUAGCUCACGCAUAUUCAUAGUAAAGAAAAGACUGAAUUAUACACAUUUCAGUGCCUUUCUUGUGUUACGAAAGGCAGGUAGAUGUUAUAGCCAUAGAUAAAAUUCAUAGUUGAAUUGCGCACUGACCUUAAAUCUCCCUGUAUAUGCCCUUGCGUCUUGCAUGUUAAAAGCUGGAUAAUUGGGUAGAUAUUGCAGCCUGCCCUACUACAUGUUAGACAAGUGUGCAUUAGUACAUAACCAGAAGUUCUUCAUUCUUUAAAAUGUUUUUGACAGAUCAUCUCAUCAUAAAAAUAUAAAUAAUUCAGGAAAACUGUGGGGAAAAGAAUUACAUUUUAUAGAAGAUGUUUCAAAGUCUUCUUAGAGCUUAGAUAAUAGAGUAACAGUUAUUUUGUAUCUAACUGAUACAUUUUAUGUUAAUUUCUUAUUACCACCACAUAUUUUAUUACUCAGAAUUGUAUAGCAUGUGACUCUUUUGGCUUUCAGGGUUCUCAAAAAUUUUUUAUUCUUUUGUUGCAUGUACUGUAUGUUUAGAGGCAACCAGUGAUAUACUCAAUAUGGUUUUACUGUGCCUUACACAAAGAGAAAAUCUAUACAGAAUGUAUAUCAUGGGGUGGGGUAACAGAGUCUAUACUGCACUGUUCGGUGAUGGCACACAGAGCAUGUCCCAGAACAUUUCUGUGCUUAAUUACCCAACCAAAGAGAUCUAAAGUAUGUAUGUUGUACUGUAAUAGGGGUUUAUGCCUGGACAAUUAAGUGUUUUAUUUGUUUUCUGAAAUGAUGUGAACUUAUUUUUCUAAACACUAUGCUAAAUAAACUUUAUAUUUAUACAUA